AAAAAUUGAAAGUUGCAACUGUGACGAGGCCAAUGCAAUCCCAGCAGCUUCAAAUUAAUAAAUUAAACCUCAUUUUGGGAGAGAGAGAGAGAGAGAGAGAGUGCGUAGAGAGAGAAAACCACAGUUGGCAAGCAAUGCAAAUUUUUCUGGCGCUUGCUUUGCAGAUAAAUCAUCACCAUCUUCACUGCAAUCAUAGCUGCUGAAAGAAAAGGAGGAAUUGUUUCCUAAUAUAAAGCAGAAAUUCAAAGUCACUCUUCUUUUGCUCUUCUUCUUCUUCCCCCACUCACCAUAAAGAGAGAGAAGAUUCUGAUCUGAUUCAAGAAAAAAGGAGAAAAGAGAGAGAAAGCAAAAGGGGCAAAGAUUCAAUCAAUACAAUCUCAAAUAACCCAUCAUCUUCAAACUUCGCCUUUAUCGAUUUCUGCUCUUCCACCCCUCAUUUGUCAAUUGUCUCAUUUUUCUCGCUUCAUUUCAUUUUUCUUUUUCUUUCUCAUAUCAAUCUUCACUUACCUAACUCCACCUUCAAUCAUCCCUUUUAGACUUCCACCAAAACAUAAUCAUUUCAUAAGACUCAGGAAUCUCAGGAAAGUUAGGCUCAUUUUCAGCUUGCAUUUUCACACCCAAGUCAAAAUCCCUUUUUCCAGCUUCAUGAAACUCGCUUGAAUCAUUCCAUUUCCCUCCUUUUUUCGGUUGUUUUUAGCUGAAGAAAAAUAUGGCCGCCGAAAAACCCAGCUCCAAAGGGCAAGCAUGGUUCUGCACCACGGGAUUGCCGAGUGAUGUGAUAAUCGAAGUUGAUGACAUGACUUUUCAUCUCCACAAGUUUCCUCUGAUGUCGAAAAGUCGAAAGCUUCACGAGCUGAUUACAGAGCAAGAAAACAGCCAAGAAACUCGAAAAACAGCAAGGAUCAAAGCACCCUCUGAACCCGACCACAAUUCCGACAACGACAUUGCAGAGAAAGAAGAAAUACAAGAAGAGGAGGAAGAAGAAGAAGACGACGACGCACACUGUCACAUCACGCUCGCAGAUUUCCCGGGCGGCUCCGAGUCUUUCGAGACCGCCGCGAAAUUCUGUUACGGCGUCAAAAUCGAUCUCUCCGCCGCCAACGCCGCCCCCCUCCGCUGCGCCGGCGAGUAUCUGGAGAUGACGGAGGAGUACUCCGAAGAUAAUCUCAUCCUGAAAACCGAAAGAUUUCUCUCUCAGUCAGUCCUCAAGAAUAUCAAGCUCUCAAUCAAAACGCUCACCUCCUGCGAAGCGCUACUGCCGAUGGCGGAGGACUUAGGCAUUGCUCAGAGAUGCAUCGAAGCUGUUGCGACGAAAGCCGCCGCCUCGGAUCCGUCGCUUUUCGGCUGGCCGAUGAACGACGGAGCUACGAAAAACAAUGAUGAAGCGAAUCCGCGAAGAAAAUUUAGCAAUGCUGCGAGAGGUGGAGCUGCGGCGGCGACGGAGUCGUGGUUGGAUGAGUUAGGUUUUUUGAGCUUGCCUUUCUUCAAGAGCUUGAUCUUCGCCAUGAAAGCUUUGGAUGUGAGCGGGGAGAUAAUCGAGAGCUGCCUGAUUCACUACGCGAAGAAGUACAUUCCUGGAAUUUCGCGGACGAAUCGGAAGCCGCCGCCGCCGUCGUCGUCAUCGUCUGGCAUUGCGCCGACGGAGAACGACCAGAGAGAGCUGCUCGAGACGGUUAUCUCUAAUCUGCCGAAGGAGAAAGCCUCGCGAUCCGCUUCGAACGCCACGAGGUUUUUGUUCGGAUUGUUGAGAACUGCGUAUAUUUUGAAUGCUUCCGAGGCCUGCAAAUUAACAUUGGAGAAGAAGAUCGGAUUGCAGUUAGAGCAGGCGACAUUAGACGAUCUGUUGAUUCCGAGCUACUCGUAUUUGAAUGAAACUUUGUACGAUGUGGACUGCGUGGAGAGGAUUUUGAGCUAUUUUCUGGAACGAAUGGAAGAGAGAUAUGCAAACAGAACUGAAGGCGAAGACGAGAACACCAGCGUCAGAUCUGCCGCGUUGAUGCUCGUCGGAAAAUUGAUCGACGGAUACUUAUCGGAAAUCGCUUCCGACGCCAAUUUGAAGCCGGAAAAGUUCUACGAGCUCGCCGUCGCAUUGCCGGAUCACGCCAGACUCUUCGACGACGGCCUCUAUCGAGCCGUUGAUGUUUACCUCAAGGCGCAUCCGUGGAUUCCGGAGGCGGAGAGGGAGAAGAUCUGUGGAGUUCUGGAUUGCCAGAAGCUGACGCUAGAGGCAUGCACUCACGCCGCUCAGAACGAGCGGCUGCCGCUGCGGGCGGUGGUGCAGGUGCUCUUCUUCGAGCAGCUUCAGCUCCGCCACGCCAUCGCCGGAACUCUGAUCUCCGCCGACGGAGCAGAGGCUGGACGGCUCUCGAGUCACGGCGGAGGGGACGAGGACGAGGAGGAGAACGAGAACGAGAAUGAGAGGACGCCGGAGGCGAGGAGCACGUGGAUCGCGGCGGCGAGGGAGAAUCAAGUGCUGAGAUCGGACAUGGAUACGAUGCGGACGCGGGUGCACGAGCUGGAGAGGGAGUGCACCAACAUGAAGAAGGCCAUAGAGAAGAUAGACAAGGUGGGGCCGCCGGGACACGUGGAGAAAGCUGGUUGGCGGGCCAAGUUCGGGUGCAAGUUUAAGACCCAGGUCUGCGAUUCACAUGAGCCCACCGUCAUCCACACUAGAAAGCCACGCGCUCACCGCCGGGAACAAUAAAUCUUUAAUUCUUCAAUUUUUUUUAAAUUUUUUCUUUUUUUAAUUUAAAACUAUCUUUCAUUCUUGCCACUCCCACUUUAAUUUUAUGUGAAUACAAGUAAUUUAUGAA